AUGUGCUGCCCAGAUGUGUCUCCCGCCUCCACUUUUCUCGUAGCACUGAUGUGCUUGGCAGCUUUCGGCAACUUUGCUAAGACUUCUUCAGACUUCUCAGGUUACAUAUCACAAGUAUUAAAGAAUUACACCGACCAUGCCUGUGAUGGAGAAUAUGUCUCCCUGAGAUGUCCUCACAGAACCACCAUCAGCAUCCAGUCUUCUUUCUAUGGCAGAAUUGUACCAAGUCACCAGAUGUGUCCUUCUCGCUCUCCCCGCUCCCACGCGACUUUAAUUAAGGAAGAUGUUGCCUGUUCAGUUGGCACUUCACUUCAGAAGAUGCUGGAUGAGUGCCAGGACAGACGGAGCUGCCGGUUCCUUGUCAGCAGCCGGCUGUUUGGCGUAGAUCCGUGCCCUGAAACAGCCAAAUACCUCCUCGUGUGGUAUAAGUGCAGGCCAAACGAGUACAAGAGUAAAGUAGCCUGUGAAGAUGACAAGCUGCGGCUAAGCUGUAAGAAGAGCAUGGUGAUAGCCAUCUACUCUGCUAUCUUUGGAAGGACACGGGGAGGCAGCCUGGAGUGCCCGUACCAAAACCUAGGGAUGCACACGAUUGACUGCAAGUCAGCUACUGCUCUCCAACUCAUGAUCAAGCGCUGCCAUGGGAAAAGAAGUUGUAGCAUAUAUGCCAGCACCUAUGAAUUUGGAGAUCCUUGUUAUCCCGGCAUCCAAAAGCAUCUGAAUGUCAUCUACACCUGUGUUCCCAGGAAGCUUCUGCAUGAAACCCAGCCAAGGCCAAUCAAUUACCAAAGAUUUCAGAAGCCACAUUUUCCACUGCGACCAAGGCUGUUUGAUGCUGAUGCUAUAGGAGACGGCGUGUUCCUUUCUGAUGUCUCUCCUCCCAGUGUAGGACGUGCCCUCCCAGCAGAGAAGAAGAAAGGGAGGUCGGCCACCUUCUACCCUCUAGACAACACCUCCUUCCUGCUUCCUGUGGAUGAGACACAGCCACCAGCGUUCGCCAGCAGCAUGGAGCCCGUGGGUGUCAGCACAGAGAUGGCACUGCUCAGCAACAUCCUAGCAGCGUACGCCUUCAUCACAGAAAACCCCGAGCGCGCCGCUCUGUAUUUUGUCUCCGGGGUGUGCAUUGGACUCGUCCUGACCCUGCUGGCCCUGGUGCUGAGGGUGUCCUGCCGCACAGACUGCAAGCGUUCCUCCACCAAAAAACCUCCCCGGGAGAGCGACAGCGACAGCAGCGACAGCGAUGGGGACUCGGACAGCACGUCGGACGUGUCGGCCCGCAGGCACCGCAGGUUCGAGAGGACUUUGAACAUGAACGUCUUCACUUCGGCAGAGGAGCUGGAGAGGGCGCAGCGGCUGGAGGAGCGGGAGCGCAUCAUCCGCGAGAUCUGGAUGAACGGCCAGCCCGACAUCCCCGGCACCAGGAGCCUCAACCGCUACUACUGAGAGCCGGGCGCCCGGCGUCCCGCUGCGCCACGGGGCUCCUCCAGCCUUGCCGGGCAGGAGGGAGGUGCUGAGGAAUGCCGUGGGGCUGCUUCCUCUUUUCCUUCCGGGAGUGCUGUGCGAUGGACAGCAGUAAAGCUUUCGCUGUCUCCCUUUCCCUGACGUAUGACUGUCACCCCCUUCACGGACACCUUCUGGUCACAUCAGAGGUGGCGACCAUCUUCGUUUCUGAGUGGCUGGCACGGAGCUGACAGUUUGAGUCCCCUGUGUGGAGCACGGAGCUUGGCACGCCGUAGUACGAGUGUUGCCACUUGUGUGGGGAGCAAAGGCAUCCAGGUUUUGGUUUUCAUUUCGGAAUGUUGGGCUUCCCUUUCCUGUGGACUCUGGGAGAACUGUGAACAAAGCUACAGCUCUGGAAAGAUGACUGGGGAGGGCAGGGAGGGACAUCCUGAUUGACUGUCUAGUGACUUCAGAAGCCAUGAGAUAAACCCCAUUAAAAACCAAUGGCAAAUAUGAGUUGUGAAGAACUGGGGGGUGAGGGGAGUGUUCUUCCAUCAUGAAAUCAUCUCGGUGCUUGGAUGUUUGCCAUAGUGUAUUCAGUUAUUUAUGGCUGUCUUUCUUUCAUACUCCUUUUCAAUGGGAACAUUGUUUUUUUAACCAACACCUCAGGGUUAAAAUCCUUUUUUUUUUUUUUUUUUUUUUUUUGAGUCUGUUCUCCCUGCUGGUCCCUGUCAAAUACAACCCAACUCACCUCCAACAGUGAAAUUAUGGUAAUAUAGGAGAUGUGUCAGUGAUUGGUGAGAUGUUAACAACCUCAAAGAGGUUGAAAAGGCUUUUCGUUUUGUUUUGUUUUAAAUAUAUAUAUAUAUAUAUGAAGAUGCUGCACAGGAGUGUGCCUUACUCUUUUUUUGUUGUUAAACUGAGGUUUUCCUAUGGAUAGCAAUGCACAAUGUUUUAUAUAUUUUAUUAAUAAAAAUGAAAAAGGAAAAGGUCUAUGUUUACUAGAAGAAAAUUGAGACAAAAGAAGCCACAUAUAACAACAGAAUGGGUAAUAAAUGCUAAAUAAAUUCUAGUUUGCUUCAA